AUGUUCGCUCGCGCCUUCGCCUACGCCGCUCUUGCUCUCCCGCUCCUUGCGGUCGCCACCCCCGUUGAGGUGCGCAACGACGCUUCAAGCUGUAGCACAGGCUCCAUCCAGUGCUGCAGCAGUGUCCAGUCGUCCGACUCCGCGUCGUCCAACAUCAUCCUGGGCUUGCUCGGUAUCGUCCUUGGGGACAUUACUGGGCUUAUCGGGCUCGGCUGCUCGCCCAUCACCGUAGUCGGUGUGGGCUCUGGCAAUGCGUGCUCGGCCAACGCCGUCUGCUGCACUAACAACAACGUCGGGGGCUUGAUCUCCAUUGGCUGCCUGCCCAUCGAGCUCUAA